AUUGUAACUGAAGAGAUAUUUAAGGGCCAUAAAGGACUAGGCCUUAUUGAUUUCAAUAAUGAACAAUAUCCAUUUUCUCAUGCUUUUCAAUUUAACAUUUUAAAAGAAAGUACCUAUGGUGCUUUUAAGCAAAUGGUCUCUGCAAAGUUCGAAAUUCCUAUUGACAGAAUAAAGUUUUGGGUGAUUAUAAAUCGAUCUAAUAAAAUUAAUAGGCUACAUGAGCUUGUGACGGAUGAUUUUCUUGAUAAAUCAAUGGAAGAUGUCAAAACGGAGUUAGUAAAACACGAUGGCGAAUUGGUGUUAUAUAUGGAAGUGUUGGAAAAUGAUGAGCCUUCACAGGAUAAUAUGAUUAUCGUCUUUCUUAAAUAUUUUAAUCCAGAAGCACAAUUAUUAGAAGGCCUUGGUCACUUGCGUGUUCAAAUACAUAGUAGGAUUGAUAGUAUCUUUCCUAUUAUCUGUGAUAAGACAAAGUUACCACCUCAAACACGUUUUGAUGUAUACGAAGAAUUUGCAUCAGAUAUGAGUAAAAAGAUGGUGCCAAAAUUUACCUUCAAAAUGGCUGGGAUACAAAAUGGUGAUAUAGUAUGUUUACAAAAGACAUUAACAAACAGAGAGAUUCAAAAACUUGAUUAUAAAGGACGAAUCCAUAAUAUUCCUCGAUUUUAUGAAUCGAUAUCAAUGAAUAUUAUCGUCCAGUUCAAAUCAAAACUCGGAUAUAAGGACCCGAUACCUGAAUUUACAUUAGUUUUAAAUAAGGAUAUGACUUAUAAAAGUGUUACUAGACAAGUCGCUAUUUAUCUUAACACAGAUCCUUUAAGGUUGCGAUUUAUGACGUCAGGAUAUCUAAAAAAAGAAAUUAAAGAAACAACUAAUCAAACUUUAUCAGAGAUACUUCGAUCUUCAGCAUGGUUGUAUUAUGAGAUACUUGACGAUAAUAUAUGA